AAUUGAUUACGGGCGGAGCACAAGAUAAGUUGUGUUUUAGGAAUUGUUCGCUAAAGUCGCGUUCUUAAGUCUCUCAGUUUAAAUAUUUUAUAAUUUUUAACCAACGCAGGUGUAACUGCAAAACGUACGCUGUUGUUUUGUAUAGAAUUUUGUGUUGUUUUUUCUGUUCACGAAGAGAAUCGACAGACAAUUGACAUCGCGUGAAUUAUAAAUACUAAAAUAAAAACAAAUAUUGUGCCAUACACGUACAUUUUAAAUAUACUUGUUUAAUACCACAAUAAUUAUUAAAAAAAAUAUAUGUAUAUAUCCAAACAAAAAUUAAUUAGGAAAUAAAAGUAAAUUUAAACGUGAAGAAAUAUACCCUAAUAAUCUAACUUGAUUAAAUAUUUGUUUGAGAAGACUGAUGUAUAUCGGCUUAUACUCGUAUACAUAUGAUAUAGUCCAUUGUACAAGGUAGUUUAUAGGAAGCAAUGAACCCAAAAAAUGGGUUGUUUUGGCAGUUAACACUGAUAUUAGUGGCCACAUGUGCACGGCUGGGUAGUAGUCGAGAAUCGCAGCUUAGAGUGGGAAAAGCUUUAAACGUAUUUGUGCGAUUUGGUUAUUUGGGAAUAUCGAUGCGUGUUAUUCCGACCAAUGAUACCAAUGAAGAUGUCAGAUGGCUGUUUAAAGAACCUACCCGGAAUAUAUACAAAGAUUUGAGUCAUUUGGGUGAGAGUCAAGAACAGAAUACGCCAGGUGUAUUUCAUGGCGAUUUUCAUAUGGAAUUUUGUGACAACCGCCGACAACUGUACCAAGCUUACUUUCGUGACUUCACUAUAGAGCGAUUAGACAGACCUUGGGAAGCGUUCACAGGCGGCUGGUUUCCAGAUAAUGCAGCCAAGAAACUUGGCAUUAAUACAUCCUUUAUACAGGGCGAUUACUCGUACGUUCUUGUGCGUGUUGUACGAUUUCGAGAGACUGGCAAAUUCAAGUCAGAAUUACCCCAAAAUUUGACACUUGAAAACGAUGUGCGAGAGAGAAUGAACGAAAUUGUAACAGGAAACGUUACAACGGCUGUAAAAUUUUUCGAAAAUGUGGGAACACAUUACAUCAACUCAUAUACAACUGGAAACUCCUUAUAUCAAGUAUUCGUUUACAAUCGUAAAAACUAUCAAAUGAUUAAGGAACGAAUAAAGACCAAAGGCAUCAAUGCUCUAUCAAAACAAGAUCUCUAUCACUUGUUUGCACCCUGGGUUGCCGAACACUUGGGCCAAAUAAGAUCAGCUAGUGCCAACAUUACCGUUGAAAGAUGGGCUCGCCGAAAACUUCAAUAUGAGUACUUACUGGUCAAAUAUGUUACGCUACUUAAACUACAUGGCAAUGGCACUUUGCUUCGAACUCUAGAUAGUCUUUUAGGAAACGAUGCCAUACUACAGUUAGAUCUAAAAUCACUCAAUGUUAUAUUUCGAAAUGAACCAGAAAAACAAAAUUGGUUCCAUGAAGUGUUAGACAAUCAUAUGAAGCUUUGGGAAGCGAAUAUGCCCCAAAACUAAUGUCUCACCGACAUACAAGUUCCUAAUGCAUGGACGUUAACAGAUGAAACAGGAAACAAAGGUAACGAUCACCUAACAAAGGUAAUGAUCAUUCAACUACUUACUACCUUUAGGACAUCUAGUUAACCAUAUAAAUAUCUAUUGAUGUCGUUUAUUCGGUUGGUUCACACGUUCACUUUACUUUAAGUUUAUUAAAUAAGAUCAUUUAACAUAUUGAUGCCUGUGAUACUUUUUUUAGUGCAUAAUUUUUAUUACAUUGAUUAUUAUACUAUGACACCAAACUAAAAAUUAAAUCAACAAUUUAUCGUUAAACAAAUAUGAAUGUAUGUAGUAUGUAUAUAAUAAAGUUGUACGAAUGAUAGCAUAAUAAUUAUAAUUACAAUAUUUUAUAAUUAACCAUAAGAGAAAUAAGUUUACGCACACAGUGAUGAAAUUGAAAUUAAAUUUAAAAAAACGAUAUUUUACUUUCUUAUUUCAAAUAGAUCAGAUAACCACCUGUUUUUAAUACCAUUAUUUUGGUAUUUGUAUGAACAAUUUUAAUAGAAAUACAAUAAUAGAUAAAUAAGUUUUGUAAAUUUAAAUAA